AGAAUCCACAUUUUCACUCUUUUCUUUCAAACCCCUCAUUCUCUUUCUUCAGAAAUGGCUUCCAAAUCCUCACUCAUUCUCUGUGUUCUUGCAAUCUGGACCCUUGGUUUAACCCAAGGUGGUUCAUCAACCCAUCAAGCUCCAACACCAUCAUUGGACUGCACAAACCUUGUCUUAACAAUGGCGGAUUGUUUGUCUUUUGUGACAAACGGAAGCACAACAACAAAACCAGAAGGUACUUGUUGUUCUGGUCUGAAAUCUGUUCUCAAAACUGCUCCUUCUUGUCUCUGUGAGGCGUUCAAGAGUAGUGCCCAGUUUGGUGUUGUCUUGAAUGUUACAAAAGCUACCUCUCUUCCUGCUGCAUGCAAAAUCUCUGCGCCUUCUGCUACAAAAUGUGGAUUGUCUGAAACUCCUACUUCCGCUCCUGCUCCUGCUGCUGCCCCUGCUGGAGGUCUCUCUCCACAAUCAUCAGCCACUUCUCCAACAUCUUCUGGUUCAUCUUCAAGUGUGAGUGGUCCUGUAAAUGAGUUAUCUCCAGCACCAACACCAUCUCUAGGGAGUACAGCAUCAGAACUAUUCCCAAUUUCAAUGGGAUCCUUACUUGUUUCUCUGUUGGUGGCUAUAAUAUUACUUUUUUAAAAUGAGUUUUCAUCUUUUCAUUUUGAGAUUAUAGAUGACAUGAGAGGGAUUAUUUUGAUGCUUUCUUUUGAGUUUUUACCAUAUGUGUGACUUAUUACUAGGAAUGACUCAAACUUAUUUACAUCCUGUACCCUCUUUAUGAUAUUAUUAUAUAUGGCUAUAUAUAUUUAUAUAACAAUUUGAAUAGCUAUAUUAUUUA